GAUCGGCUGUGCGAUCCAGGCGACCGUGGGUGCGCGGGCGUUCUGCUCAGGUCAGAAUGUGCGUACUACUUCACAAGAGUAUACUAGUAUAUUCUAGUUCACUAUAGUCGUGAGCAAGUGUUUCACCUGCAGUGUUCCCGCGUCUUUUAGUCGCGUGCGCCGAGAACAUUCUCCUUUUCUACCGUGUUUCAGCGCGCGAUUAUGGUCUUUCAUACGCUCGGGUCUACCUCGGUGUUCAUGUUGCACUGACUUUUAUACCGCAAGUCUCGUGCCCGUAAAGAUGUCGUACCAUCCUUCGUGCUCUGUUAUCGGUUGCAAGCCCAGUGAUCGGCCAGGGCGUAUUCGGCAUAGGCUACCUGGAGAUGAAGCGCUGCGCCUUGCCUGGUUGCAAUGCAUUGGCCUUCCGGCCACGAAGAAGUUUGCGCUCGUUUGUAGUCGGCACUUCGCGCCGGAGGAUUAUACCCACGACCCGCGGAUGCAACAGGAAAUGGGCAUAGCGUUUAAACCUGCGCUGCGCCCGGGCACACUACCAACGCUCUUCGUUCCGAACACGGCGCCUUUGCCUGCGCCAUGGAGUAGUCCGCCUAAAGCAUCGCAAACAGGUGAGACGUGCAGAUGCAGCCGGGCACCACUGCUGUGCACAACCAGCACGCAGACGACACAGGAUGAUUGCAGCCUUCCUGCGACAUCUGAGGCUGACACACAAACCCUUGGAAUCCUGCGCACAGCUGCUACCCAGACACCACAGCAGCCGAGUUCUAGAAGAAAUGCUGGGACGUCCACCUCUCACGCCAUGGCGCCUACAGUGUCGUGGACUCCCUCAAAGGCCCAAGUCUUCGAUGUUGUUGUCCCUGCGGGGAAUGGCCCCGAGACCGUCGUCGAUGCGACGGCCUCAUUAGUUGGCCUCUCUGAGGUCUACUGUGUUCAGCACAUGGGAGGCCUCAACUUCCAAGUUACUGUCAAGAGCAUGGCUUCCAUGACUCAAAUCGUCGAUGCUGGCUGCCUUCUCAUCGAUGGCAAGCAUUGUCCUGUUGUUCCCGUUGACCUGCAGGUCACCAACAUAGCCUGCCUCUUCUUGCCGUCCUUCGUUCCAAACGAAGUCCUCGUCCAGGCACUGUCACCGUACGGCAAGGUUCUCUCUGUCAACGCUGGUCUUAUGAGCGGACGAUGUGGCGUGCUCACAGGUACGCGCUUCGUCCGGAUGGAGAUGAGCACCACGAACCCUGUCCCCAAUUACCUGCAAGUCUCUGGUCACCGAGUGACGUUUGACUACCAGGAUUUACAAAGUGUGCGUCAUCGAUCCGGUUUGAGCGACCACUGCCAUGCACAGUGCACCGUACCGUUCUGUGGCCGUUGUGGUCUCAACGGCCACGAAAGUGAAGGAUGCGACCGUCCAUGUCAGUGCUACGCAGAUGGUCAUCCUGCAGUUGUGUGCCCUGUGCGGCACUCAUACUUGGACACUGCUGCUGGAGCCUUUCCCCCCCUGUCGCCGGCGUCAGCUGCGGUCCCAUUUGCGCGUGACGCCGUGACUGAAGAAAUUGUUAUCAAUCAACCAGUGUCAGCAAAUGACGAAGAAGCAAGCAACUUGGGCAAUUACAACAUGCCAUGUUCGCCGGCCUCCCAAACAACAAAGGGUGAUGGUGGCUCCACUUCGGCUGCCAUCAUUAGUGUUCCUGAUUGCACAGAAUUUUUAAACAUCGUGAAAACACCUCACCCUAUGAGUUCUACACUGGGUACAUCAAUGAAACCUGCUGUGGCUUCACCCGCCACAAUUGUGUCGCUUCCAACGCCGUGCCCGAUUCCUGGCUCUUCUGCAAAAGCCAUUGUACCAUUGCGUCUGAAUGAGCCUCUGACUACCGAAGUUGUUGGCAGUGAUGACAUCGGAUCCCGCAUCCCAACCACUACUCACACCAUCAUCAGAAAACAGCUUCAGCCUUGGAGUUCAAAGUAGCGUUAGACUCUCGCCAAGCAUGGAUGGAUUCAACGUAGAAAUGGUGCUCCCACGAGAAGUAAAGCGUGCCCAUAUGUCAGCCACUGGCUCGGACAGCACCCCGGAUCGCCACACCGAGUUACAGCGAUGAAAGAAACCUCGACCUUCUUUGGCAGGGUCGAAGUGUGCCUUGUAACGUGUGGAGUGCAUUUUCCUUGGACUUGUUCCCGGGGCACCGACUUGAACAAAUGGACCAGGUCAGUUUGGCGAAACUUUCGUAAGUUAAUAUGGCUGACACAUUGAAUAUUAUUUCAUUAAACGUACAGGGGUUCCGAAGUCUUAUGAAACAAGCCAAAACGAUCAGUGUGGCCCGCGCUUAAAAUUGCGACAUUCUGUGUUUGCAAGAAAAUUUUUUUUUACCAUUGGACAUGUUCUCUCUAUCAAACGCACAUUCAACCUAGAUUGUUUUUUUCUUUCAUGAGAUCACAUUCUAGUGGGGUCGGUAUCAUUAUUUUCAAAAAAAGCUCUCUUGCUCUCAUGUUUUUUGUGAUGGGACAAGGCAGAUAAUGGCAUUUGAUUGCACUAUCUUCAUUUAGGUUACAAAUUUUGUGCAUCCAUGAGCCAGCAAAGCAAGCCACUAAAUGUAAUGUUUUUUUUCGUGACCUGGACGUGUAUUUCCUUGGCGGUCGUCACACGGUGCUUGUUGGGGAUUUUAAUUGUUUUAGACAUGCAAGCUGAUGUACAAGGCCCGGGUUGGGGUCGAUCUGACUGGAACGCACGGGAGUUGUGUCCUCUAAUCCAGCACUUUUCGUUGCUGGAUGCAUACCGACUCUUAAAUGGAUCUUCAUUUGUCUGGACGCAGCGUGUCGUCUAGCAGGUUAGAUCGCACCUAUGUGGCAAGCACUUUAGCUCUGUAUGUCUCACAAUCUGAUGUGAUAACUUUACCCUCACCUCCUGUUUAUAUUUCUGAUCAUAUACCAUUUCUGCUUGAAGUUUGCUUCCCUCCUUCCUCAUCAGUAAAACCUUGGUGCCUCGACAUCCACGUUCUACAUGAUGCAUGCUCGCACUCUAGUUUGUCUUGCGCGCCUCUGUUUCUGGAUCUCACCCAGAGUCAUGGGAGGCGCUCAAGGUGCAGUGGCACCUACAUUGUUCAAUUGAAGAAUGUGCCCUCAGAUGACAUAUGUCAGAAGAACUAGCGGAUACUGCCACGAAGCUCCGUAUUGCCCUUAGAGUCAAUCGAUUGACUCCGCUGAUGUGCGCAUGACAGUGUGAACUAUGGCGACGAUUUCAAGCCUCAUCGCAGCAUUGUCUGUCAGAUGCUGCUUGGUGGUGCAGACGUAAUCUGUGUGCGCACCCUGAAGUUUUGCGCAUCGCAAGGAACUCGCUUUUUGGACAGCCGAAUCCAUUGGGUUCUGCGAUCACAAGAGCACUUCCUGUUAUGUUGCCUCCCGCACGCAAUUCUUCACUCCUUGUAAUGCAUUUUGAAAACAUGGCGCAUACUACUAUGCAAAUUGAUCAUGGUACUCUAGGAUCUCGUAUAAUGCUUAGUGGGCUGCCUCAGGUUUCACCUGAGGUGGCCAUCUUUGUGCACGGUCGUCAGGUGAUGAGUUGAAGGCAGUAUUAUCUUCCAUGAUGCGUGGCUCGGCCCCAGGGCCAGACAGGUUGCCCGUUGAGUUUUAUUUAACCUUCUGGGGAAAUAUUGAUGCUACUUUCACAUCUGUUAUUUGCUGCUGUUAGGAGAACUGUGAAUUCCUGGUUAUUUAUCAUGGCGGUCGCAUAGUGCUGAUAAUCAAGCAAGAUCAAUCUUCAGUUCGUCCAAAGGAUUGGAGGCCAAUCACGGUUCUCAAUGUUGAUGACAAAAUUUUUACAGUUGUUGUUACUCGAUGUUGGGAAGCCUGAUGCCUUCCUUAAUAGGAUUGUUACAUCUCUACAGCCAUGGUUGGCUGCCGACGAUUUAUUAAAGUCAAGGAACCAAGAACAUAGUAGCAGACAGUAGUCCAGGCGUAGGAGCAAGCACUGGCAAGGCGUUCUUUCCGUGAGGCGUGCCCGUGCCAGAGCACCAGUACCUUUGCGUGCAUACUUCAUUGUUGUCGUCUUCUGGUGACAUAUCAAUUCUUCCUCCCUUAGACGAAGUCUCCAUACCGGUCUGGAGGCCGCCUAACCUCUGGUGGUCACAGUUGCCAUGUGGUUCCUGCUUGUGACAUCGAGGUCGAUUGUUGAGAGGAAGUGUUGUCUUGCAUAUCGAGUGAGCCCAGCACCAGCAGAACGGCAGCACUUGUUUCUUGUGGCAUUGUGUUCGAGAAUUUGUCUGCUGCACUCCAAUCUGUCGGUGCUUGGGUUGCUUCCCUGGUCUGACUCUCUUUGAUGUGGUUGAGGUGACGCCGAACCUUUCCGAGGACACUUUUUAUACGCCAGGGUCAUGGUCUGACACGGCACUGUAUUUCCCCUUCAAUCCAGUUUGGCUUUCUUAUAAACUGUCGGAUAAACACUUUUUCUCCUACGGAGAAGCGACAUGAUUGCUUCAGUGUCUCCUGGCACUGAAGUUCCAGAACGUGAGACCGUGCUGAGCUUGGUAUGAUCACCCGUGAUCCCAUCGUGAGUCACUUAUGAUGAGCUGUCAUUGCUGUUGCUCUUUGUUGGUAAGGAGUGAACUCAUCUUCAGGGAGUUUCUCCACUGUGCCAUCCUGCACUGACUUGUACAGCCUUUGCAGGGUCUUGUCUUGCUGUGUCAGACGUGCUAUCUCUGUAGCUGUAAACAGAGGUCUCGACAAUGCUUCAAACAAUAGUACGUCGCCUGCUAGCCAUGGCUCGUCGGUUUGUUCUGGUAAUGCAAUCGGCUCAAUGCGUCUGCGUUUUAAUGGUUCUUACCUUGCCUGUAGACAAUAGUGUAGUCAUAUGCAAGUAACUUGAUGCACCAUCUGGUCAUUCAUGGAGAGAGGACUUGAGCCGUUGGUUUCUCUGGGCCCAGUAUGCUGAGCAGCAGUUGAUGGUCAGUGACGAAAGUUACCUUUCUUCCCGCAAUAUACUUGUGAAACUUAUGAGCUGCAAACACUACAGCAAGGCCUUCUCUAUCAAACUGUGCAUAGUUUCAUUUCGCUGGCCCCAGUGUCCUAGACGCCAAAGAGAUCGGUUCUCUAUUCUGAUCAUCACCUUGAGGCAGAACAGCUCCUAUGCCAUAUGGUGAAGUGUCAAAUCAGAGAAGAAGCUUCUUCAGUUCGUCAUAGUGUGCUAGUACGGUCUGAAUGAGAAGCAAUCCCUUACGUUUGUCAAAAGCUUCUUGAUGCUGGGUUUCCUACCUCCACGUGGCGUCCUUCUGAAGGAGCGGGUAGAGACAGCUGGAAAUUGUUGCCCUGUUCUUCAAGAAUCUGCCGUAGAAAGCCAGCAUCCAAAAAGCCAGCAGAAAGCCAGAAUCUGUUGCAGAAAGCCGGGGGGGGGGGGGGGAACUGCUGUCAAAAUUGGAUUGGGUGCUAUGCCCACACGAAGCGCACUGGGUUGACCUCCUCUGCCACUUAACUGCUAUGGGUUCUGUGCGCGCAUUGAGGUACCGGCUACUUGUGAUCGAGUUCCCGAGUGCCGUGCGAGACAGACUGAGCAGCAACGCGAGAGCCAGCAGGCCGACCCCGAAGUCGCAUCUGCAGAUCGCUUGCAAGAUGCAGCGUGCGCUGCUUCGCAAACUAUGCAAUUGCUACCAGAACACAAGCCGCACCCCCUACCUCCUGCACUGCCUUCCCGCUUUCCUCCCUUGCGCGCGAUUGGGUUCACCGUCGCACGCUUUCACUCGCUCAUACAGCAUACGGCGCGCGGGGACGAUGUUACCGCUCUUGGACUUUAAUCGGAAUUCAUCGCAGUGGACAGAACAUUGCGAUGACCACGACAGCAGAAAUGCGCCUGUAGUGUCCAUAUCAUUGGUAUCGCAAUGGCACCCAUACGCUUGCGCGUGACCUGCGUUCACGAAGUGAAACGUCGCUGUAAUUUUUUCUAAAUCGCUAACCGAACGAACAGGUAUGUCUUAUACACCAGGGCGGCUUAUAUAUGUUUUUUCCCCGAGAAACUGCUGCUUUGAGGGGGGGUGCAACUUAUACAAAGGUGCGACUUAUAGACCGGAAAAUACGGUAUUAAAAAGAAGGUAUUUAGCACAGUCUGUAUUUUGCGGCCGUGUGUGGUACGUUUGUCACAUUGUACAGCUACCAUUAUGGUUUACUAGGUUUUUGCAGUCUCCUCUUGGUUCCUUCUUCUGGUCGGGCAGUACAGAACUGGUCUAUCACGCGGCGCUUGGGCAAGCACGCUCUCACUGUAGGUUCGCAUUUCCAUCCGUGUCUGUUUGCUGCCGGCUGCUUGCUCUGCGAUUUCUGCUCUGCCUGUUACACAAUGAUCAGCAGUCCCGCACGUGAACUCGCCUGCUAUUUUCUUGGCACAAAAAUUUGUUACCCAUUCCGGCAUACGCUUAAAUUGUGGGUCGCAAUUAAUAAAUGCACCUUCAUUUUACUCUACAGCUGUGGCAUUUUAUUGCCGCGUAUAAAGGUAUGUCCUGAUGUAGCCGUCCUCAAAAACCGUGUUGUGAUUACAAUGUCAGCCUUACUGCUUCCUCUGGCUACCCCAGCGAGCCGCAUACAUUCCGAUAAUGUGUCGUGGGGUGCAAUAAUGGCAUCCUUUCUGCCUGACCAUCUACUCGACUUAGUGUGGCGUCUAGGGUGGCAAGUGCUCCCAACGCAUGGAAAGCUAGAGUGGUGAAGCAUGGUCCCAUCUUUGCUGUGUCCCAAUUGAACCCUUUCAUGAAUCCAAUAAACAUGUUCUGCAGCAAUGCGUCAUUGCUAGGAUAUUUUGGAGGACGUGCCUUCUGGUUUUCAUGACCUUGGAGUUAACCGCUUUAUCACAGCUAGUUGUUGCUGGCGUGGCCGCUUCGCUCGACUUUUAAUUGCUGUGGUGGCCUUUUGUGUACGACAUAACCGGUGCGAGGCAGUUGCCGCAAAACAUCGUUCCUGCGUUGUGUUUCCACUUCUGAAGAGGCUCUACUCUGAGCUACUGUCGUUUCUGUCCGAAGAGUUCUUCCUUGGGCAAGGGGAGUUCCUUCGACAGUGAUCAUGUGGUUGCCUGUCGGUGGCUGAUGGAUUUGUAUGGCUUAAUUUUAAACUAGCCUGGUUCUUGUAGCCAGGCCAUCAAAAGCAUUCAUUGAGUGUACAUGGUGUGUAGGUGCUCGUGAUUUCUGUGUAUGUGGUCUCUCGUGUGCUUGGGAAUUUUUGUAUAUACACAUCUCAUAUCAUCACUACAUAAUUAUGUAAAGUGCCUCUGUCACAUCAUCAUUUAUACAUAACCAUCGUGUACAUUGUACAUAUUCAACAUCAUUUUAUAUAAUGUCACAAUUAGUUUAUUUAUAACUGCAUUUCUGUGGGUCUAUGUGGUUAUAUAUUAGUGAGGCCAUGAGGAGUCUGACAUUUCUUUGAAAACAUGUUGCGUAUACAAUGUUCAGUACUUUGUAUGUGUGAUCGUCCUGGUGGAAUUGUGCCCUCAUUGUGACUAAUGUUUGUAUCGUCUUUUCUUAAAAUAAACUUUUCCUAAACAA